AUGACAUAUGCCACACUGAACCAAGUUAUGCGAGGAGUAAGAAAAAGUAAAAUUAAAAAAUCAAAAUCAAAAGAUUUAGAAGCCUGUCCACAAAAAAAAGCCGUAUGUAAUAAAGUUUACACCACAAAACCUAAAAAGCCUAAUUCUGCUGUACGUAAAGUUGCUCGUGUCAAACUUUCAACUGGUAAAAUCAUUACUGCUUAUAUACCAGGUGAAGGACAUAAUUUGAGUGAACACAGUGUAGUUUUGGUUCGUGGUGGGCGUGUCAAAGAUUUGCCAGGAGUUAAAUAUCAUUUGGUCAGGGGAGCUUAUGAUUUUAGUGGAGUCCCUAACAGAAUCAGUUCCAGAUCAAAGUAUGGGACCAAAAAACCAAAAACUACAGCAACCAAAUAA